AUAAUUAUCGAAAAGCAGUCAAAAAAAGAAAGUGAGGGAGUGUUGGCUAUUUGGCCUUGAGGGCCGAGAGACACAGGAAGCUUACAGAAGCAGGUACAUAAAGCCCACCUAUAUUCCUCCUCUUCCCCAACCGCCCGCUCCACCGCUUCUUCUCCCCUAAACCACCGCCACCGCCACCGCCACCGCCGCCGCCAGUCCUACUGCUGUAUCUCCAAUUCUUCCUGUCCUCUUCACAUUUCAUUCCUCUUUUUUUUUUAGCUAGGAAAAGGCUUGGUCGUCGCCAAUGAAAGGCCACGAUCUAAUCAACUCCUAUCUUCCCGAUGAGCUCAUCAUCGAGAUUUUCCGGCACAUGCACUCCAAGUCUAGCCGCGACGCCUGCGCUCUCGUCUGCAAGCGCUGGCUCGCCCUCGAGCGUAACAGUCGCCGCACGCUCCGCAUCGGCGCGUCCGGCAGCCCUGAUUCGUUCGUCAAGCUGCUGGCGAGGCGGUUUGUCAAUGUCAAGAAUCUUUACGUUGACGAGAGGCUCUCAGUCUCGCAUCCGGUUCAGUUGGGAAGAAGACGGGGUGGCAGCCAAUCAACACUCUCUUCUCUUAAGCUGCCCUAUAUGAUUGAGAGAGGUGAAUCUGAUGACAGUGAGUUGGAAUCAAACUGUUUUUCAGAUGCUGGAUUGAUUGCUCUUGGUGAAGCCUUUACCAAACUUAAGAAGCUGAGUUUAAUAUGGUGCUCUAAUGUAACUAGUAUGGGCUUGCAAUCCUUUGCCGGGAAGUGUAGAUCCUUGAGAUCUUUAGAUUUGCAGGGUUGCUAUGUUGGAGAUCAAGGUCUAGCUGCUGUUGGGGAGUGUUGCAAGGAACUUCAAGAUUUGAAUUUGCGUUUUUGUGAAGGCUUGACGGACAAGGGUUUGGUUGAAUUAGCAAUUGGUUGUGGGAAAUCACUGAAAGUUCUUGGUAUUGCAGCUUGUGCAAAAAUAACUGAUAUCUCAUUGGAAGCAGUGGGGUCUCACUGCAGAUCUCUUGAGACGUUGUCAUUGGAUUCAGAAUUCAUACACAAUGAAGGGGUGCUUGCUGUGGCGGAAGGUUGCCGUCUUUUGAAAGUUCUGAAACUACUAUGCAUUAAUGUGACAGACGAAGCUUUGGAAGCUGUUGGCACCUGUUGUUUAUCACUGGAAGUGUUGGCUCUGUACAGCUUCCAGAAAUUCACCGACAGGAGUCUAUCAGCUAUUGGAAAAGGGUGUAAGAAGUUAAAGAAUCUUAUUCUAAGUGACUGUUAUUUCUUGAGUGACAAGGGUUUGGAGGCAAUUGCAACUGGUUGUUCUGAACUUAUACAUCUUGAAGUUAAUGGAUGUCACAAUAUUGGAACACUUGGACUAGCGUCUGUUGGAAAAUCUUGCUUGCGCCUGACUGAGUUAGCUCUGCUGUAUUGCCAAAGAAUCGGUGAUAAUGCACUUCUUGAAAUAGGCAGGGGCUGCAAAUUCUUGCAAGCUCUUCACUUGGUGGAUUGUUCGAGUAUUGGAGACGAUGCCAUAUGUGGUAUAGCUAAUGGCUGCAGAAACUUGAAAAAACUUCACAUUCGCCGCUGUUAUGAGAUUGGGAAUAAGGGAAUUGUAGCUGUUGGUGAGAAUUGUAAAUCGCUCAAAGAUCUUAGCCUUCGAUUUUGUGAUAGGGUUGGAGAUGAUGCCCUUAUUGCUAUCGGUCAGGGUUGCUCCCUAAAUCAUCUAAAUGUCAGUGGUUGUCACCAAAUUGGUGAUGCUGGAAUAAUAGCCAUUGCAAGAGGCUGCCCAGAACUCAGUUACCUAGAUGUAAGCGUUCUUCAGCAGAAUUUGGGAGACAUGGCAAUGGCCGAGAUAGGAGAAGGUUGCCCAUCACUGAAGGACAUAGUGCUAUCACACUGUCGUCAAAUAACCGACGUGGGACUAGCCCAUCUUGUAAAAAAAUGCACCAUGCUUGAGACCUGCCACAUGGUUUAUUGCCCAGGCAUAACCACGGCUGGAGUUGCCACCGUCGUCUCAACCUGCGCGAACAUAAAGAAGGUCCUGGUCGAGAAGUCGAAAGUGAGCGAGAGAACUAGAAGAAGGGCAGGCUCAGUCAUCUCCUACAUAUGUGUGGACCUUUCAAUCCCGCACUGACUUUUAGUAUUUACUAUUUAGCUCAACACACCAAAUCCAGGAUCAAAGCUGAAAUAUGUUGUAUCCUAAUCUUGUUAGUUAUCCCUUCCCUUUUUUUCUUUUGUUGAGUGUAGGUGUAAUCCUCUGUACACAAAAUGUCGUUAAAUGAAGACUUCAUGUUACUUUA